AUGAACAGUAGAAACACCUUUGAUUUGAAGGACUCUCCCACCAGUGAAACGAAUCUCUUAACAAACAAACAAAUAGAUAACAUCCUAACAUGGUCAGAUUUCGAAACAUCCAAUAACGACAUAACAGCAACAACAAUAGAAAUGAGAAACUACUCCAACAACAUAAUCACAACCGAACAAAUACCAACAGAAACCACAAUCAGUACAUCUCGCAUUACCCAACAAGCACCAAUA